AUGGAGGACUACAAGGAGUACAUCAAAGAGAGAACUUUGAUGCUGAACUAUUUGGAAAAGUUAAUCAACUCAGCAACACAGUUCCACAACACAUGUGUCAAAGAAGCUAUAGAGAAUAUCACUGGAAGAGUAGAGCAAAAAGGGCACGAAAAGCUCAUGGUAGACUUGAACAAGCACCUGGGACUUCAAUCGAACAUGCUGGAAGUCGCUGUCAUACAGUGGUUGAAUAUGAUCGAGUUCAGAAAAGGCGAGUUAAUGCAACAAAGCGCACUGAUAGCUUCGUCUCAAGAAAGCAACAUUUAUACUGUAAGUAACACCAGCUAUCAAGAAAGGUUCUCUGGUGCAACAACUCCACAAGAACGGAACAUUCGGGUACGACGCCCACUACUUGAAGUCCCUACCUUCUCAGGAAAUUAUAGGGAUUUCAGCACUUUUUGGUCAGUAUUCGAGUCGCUCAUUCACAGCGAUGACGAUUUGAGCGACCGAGAAAAAUUCCUUCGCCUCAAACAGGCACUGAAAGGAAAAGCUGCUUCGUCAAUUAUUAUAGCAGCAUUCCGGUAA